AUGAACUUCAAACCUCCGCAGCUGCCCACCAAUCCCACACCUGAGCAGUGGCGAUGGUGGAAGCGCAUCUUCAUCGACGGGCUAGCCAUCAACGGGGUGGUUGAGAAUACUCACAAACUCACGUUCCUCAGGUCUCACGCCGGCUCGGAACUGUAUCCCUUGCUACAAAACGCUGAGACCUUCGACGCCGCCAUGGAUAUCCUGGACGCGCAGUUCGAGAAACCGACACGGGUCAUAUUUGCGAGGCAUGAGCUGCUAUCCUGCCGGCAGAAGGAAGGCGAAAGCAUUCCUGACUUUAUCAAGCGACUAAAGAUUCUCGUCGAGCUCUGUGAGUGCAAACCCCUUACAGCAUAUGUACAUAAACAACUGUUGCUUAGAGACGCGCUUGUUUCGGGAUUGAGGCCCGAUCAUGUCCGAGCGAGGUUACUCGAACUCGACGACACCAAAUCUGUCGACGAUUGCAUAGCACUCGCUAAUGCAGUAGAGCUUUCAACUGAUUAUUCCAGGUCAUUCCGCGCUGAAACCUCGGAACAAUCAAACUCCGUUUCGGCUUUCCAGCCUGAACAGGUUGCAGGGGCGAUUGCACAGAAGUACCCCCGAAAUAGCCGAUACACAAGCCAAAAUAACGCGUCACAUUCAAACAACUCAAACUGUGGGUACUGCGGUUUGCGUUUUCACAUACGCAGCAAGUGCCCGGCAAAGCGCGACACGUGCCAUAAGUGCCAGAAGUUGGAGCAUUGGGCCACUGUUUGUCGUGCAAGUACUCCAACUACAGUCGCGUUGCAGGGUGAGGAAUCCGAAGGAUCCCUAGCAUCCGUCAUCUGUGCAUUGUCUCCCAACACGGAGGCGAGACAGACCGUUUAUGAGAAGGUACUGAUUGGUGGCGUUCAUCAAGCACUUGCACUGAUUGACCCUGGAGCAACCGAUUGCUAUAUCAAGUUCAAGCUCGCAUGGAAAUUUGAAUUGCCUUUAACCGACGUUGAGUCAUCUACCAAACUAGCAAACGGCGACAAAUUGAAUGUGCUUGGCUUCAUCGACACACAAAUAACAAUAAAGGCAGAAUCUUAUUGUUGUCGCUUACACGUGGUUGAGUUGUUAAUUGCCGAUUUGAUCAUCGGAAUGGACGUUCUUGCUAGCCAUCAAUCGGUUUAUCUUGACCUCGGCGGUCCAAAACCACCUAUCACUUUCCACCUGGGAGGACGUGAUACCGAGAUUACUCCCCCAAUAAGCUUAGAACGAGAUCAGUGUACGAAAGCAUGUUGCAGCAUGUUCCAAAUUAUGACAACCGAGCCCCCAGCACUAUUUCCUGAGAAGCUCCUUGCCGUUGAGCCAAUUUCUUCCAAGUCUCGACGAGUUUCUGCUGACAACGCGCUAUUCAUGAAAACUGAAGUAAAGAGGCUUCUGGAUCUCGGAAUAAUUGAGCUGUCUGUUUCACCUUGGCGGGCUCAGGCCUUCGUUGUCAAGGGACCAAGCAAGAAGAGAAUGGUAAUUGACUAUUCCGAAACAGUGAAUCUAUACACCGACGUUGACGCAUACCCAUUUCCGGAUGUCGAGUCCAUGCUUACUCGUGCGGCCGCUUUUCACUAUUUCAGCAAAAUAGAUUUGAAAUCCACAUACCACCAAAUACCGUUGCAAUCAGAUGACAAACCAUUCACAGCCUUUGAGGUUGGGGGCAGACUCUACCAACUCACACGCCUUCCAUUCGGUGUUACAAACGCCGUCCCAGCAUUCCAGCGAAUAAUGGAUAGCUUUAUUGAAAGAAACCAAUUGCGCUGCGCCGAACCGUACCUCGACGACGUCUAUAUCAGUGGGAUCCCAAAGGAGGAACAUGACCGGAAUCUACACGCGUUCUUGAAAGCCGCGGAAAAAGAAAGCCUGACGCUCAACAUAGACAAAUGUACAUUUGGAACCAGGAAAUUAUCCUUGCUGGGACACAUUAUUGAAAACGGCUCGAAGAAGCCGGAUCCUGAACGCUUACGUGUUCUCAUGGAGUACCCAGUGCCCCACACCGCAGCUCAGCUGAAACGGCUACUCGGGUUCUUUGCUUACUACGCGAAAUGGGUGUCACAAUAUUCACUUAAAGUAAAGCCGCUACUAGAGGCCCAGAAACAGGGUGCCUUUCCUUUGAACCGCAACUGUGUCGAUGCAAUUGACUCGCUCAAGCAGGGCAUUGCGUCUGCAUCUCUGGCUAUACCUAUAGCGGGCGCCGGGCCGCUCCUCCUCGAAACAGACGCAUCUGGGACAGCACUAGGGGCAACAUUAUCACAAGGUGGUCGCCCUUUGGCUUUCUACUCUAGAACAUUGUCUACUUCAGAACAGAUGCAGUCGUCAGUCGAGCGCGAGGCCAUGGCUAUUGUUGAGGCGUUUCGGAAGUGGGAGCAUUUUGUUCGAACAUACGAAACGGUUGUUAAAACGGAUCAAAAAUCGGUUUCGUUCAUAUUCUCCAAACACCGUUCAAAAGUUAAAACUGACAAACUCACGAGGUGGAGGUUAGAGCUGUCAGAAUUUGCGUACACCAUCAUGUAUCGGAAAGGCAGCGAGAACGUGGGCGCGGACGCUCUAUCCAGACUCUCCGCUAUCUCGAAAGAAUCCCCAUGUCUUACGUUACAUUGCCAAUUGCAGCAUCCGGGCGUCGUCCGUAUGUGGGAGUUCGUGAGACGUCAUAAUCUAGCUUUCUCUCUUUCAGAAGUAAAGGAGGAUUAUAUAUGA